AUGUCGGAGAGCUGGUUUCAACCUGAUUCUGCCGGCCACUCCCCUUGGGAAGGCGCCAGACGCAGGGUUCAUGGUUGGCGAGUGCUGCUGCAGCAAUUCGAGCCUCUCCCGAUUGGGACUGAUUGGGAAGCUUGCUUUCUGCUUGUUACGUGGCACCUGGGAAAUGUCCCCACACUUUUGGAGUAUCCAGCUCCUGAGGCGUCGGGUCAUGUUGGUCUUAAAUCAGUUCUUGCUUCUCGAGCUCAGCGAGACGGGCGGCUUAUCGGCUUGGUUGUCAAAGAAAUCUUAACAUUUCUUCAUUUCUCUUGGAAGGAGUCUAAAGCUACCUACCUGGAAGACCUCCCACCUCCCCCUGAGUAUGAAUUGCCUCCAAACAAGUUAGCAGAGGAAGUGGAUGAUGUUUAUCUGAUUCGAGCUCAAGGAUUACCAUGGUCGUGCACUGUCGAAGAUGUGCUUAGCUUUUUUUCAGACUGCAGAAUCCGCAAUGGUGAGAAUGGAAUACACUUCCUCUUAAAUAGAGAUGGGAAACGAAGAGGUGAUGCCUUAAUUGAAAUGGAGUCAGAGCAGGAUGUGCAGAAAGCCUUAGAAAAGCACCGCUUGUACAUGGGGCAGCGGUAUGUGGAAGUAUAUGAGAUAAACAAUGAAGAUGUGGAUGCCUUAAUGAAGAGCCUGCAGGUUAAAUCUUCCCCUGUGGUAAAUGAUGGUGUGGUUCGCUUGAGAGGACUUCCUUAUAGUUGCAAUGAGAAAGACAUUAUAGACUUCUUUGCAGGACUGAAUAUAGUAGACAUUACUUUUGUGAUGGACUAUAGAGGGAGAAGAAAGACAGGAGAAGCCUAUGUGCAGUUUGAAGAACCAGAAAUGGCCAACCAAGCCCUAUUGAAACACAGGGAAGAAAUCGGUAACCGAUAUAUAGAGAUAUUUCCAAGCAGAAGGAAUGAAGUUCGAACACAUGUUGGUUCUCAUAAGGGAAAGAAAAUGGCAUCUCCUACUGCUAAGUAUAUAACUGAGCCAGAUGUGGUCUUUGAAGAACAGGAAGUAAAUGAGGAUAUUCGACCUAUGACAGCUUAUGAAAGUGAGAAGGAAAUCGAAUUGCCUAAGGAGAUGUCAGAAAAGCUUCCGGAGCCUGGUGAUUUUGGAACUACAUCUUCACUACACUUUGUUCAUAUGAGAGGAUUGCCUUUCCAAGCCAAUGCCCAAGACAUUAUAAACUUUUUUGCUCCACUGAAGCCUGUUAGAAUCACCAUGGAAUACAGUUCCAGUGGGAAGGCCACUGGAGAAGCUGACGUGCACUUCGAUACCCAUGAGGAUGCUGUUGCAGCUAUGCUCAAGGAUCGGUCCCACGUUCAGCAUAGGUAUAUUGAAUUGUUCCUGAAUUCAUGUCCAAAGGGAAAAUAAGACUUCUAGGGACUCCAGAUAAUAAGGAUGAAGCAAGAAGCAUUUCAUUUGCACAUCUUUCUUGGAUAUGGGAUAUACAGUUCCAGUGUUUUAGCAGCAACUGUUAGAGAAAGGAUAUGGGGGUCUUGGAUUAAUUGCUUAAGAAAAAUUCCAUAGUGGACUGUUUAGAAAGAAAAAGGAAAGAUUCAGUUUGGAAUUAAAUAAAUCACAAAUUUAAAUUUUGUUUAAAACUGUCUAGGAUAGGAUCUGAUUUACAAAUCUGGUCUUUAUUUUAUGAUUAAAUAAUUUGUUUUCAUAGAGAUUGUUAUCCAAUGUAAAGACUGCAUAUUUUUAUUCAGCACUGUCAUUUAAAAUCUUCCUCCCAUUUUAAAAAUGAUUUUUUGAGAACUUUGAUAUAAAACUUCCUAUGGAAUAAAAUACUGAUUUAUUUUAACCAAAUACUCACCAAAGCAAAGAAAGGUUUCAGACCUUUGAAUCAUUAUGAUUGGUAGAGUAGUUAUAAUUUUAGGUGUAUUGAUGACUUAAGGGGUAGGAAUGUAAAAAAAAAAAAAGAUUCAAAACAAAAAAAUAAAUACCACUGGUUAGUAUAAUGGACAACUAUUCGGCAGUGUCACAUCUUUAGAAAUGUUUGGCCUUUCUAAGCUUGUGCUACUGGCAUUUAACAUAGUGCCUGUGUGCUUUAGGAGGGAAUUCUAGUCUCAACGUAAAAGUUGUCUGAACACAUCCCCAUCCCCUGACCCCCUUUUUUGGUUUUGGGUAAACAUUAGGGGUGUUAGUCUCAAAACUGUGAAGUGACAUCUCAAAACAGUCCCUACUGGUAAGGAUCUUAAUGGCUUCACUUGAAUUUAAACCAGCUCUAGAUAGGAAAAAACCUAAGUCCCUUCAUUUGCUUUUUCAGUGGGGUAGCAAAUCCCAUAUUUUAGAACAAGUAGGGGUGCCUUGCUUAAAUAAAAAUAGCAUUUAAUGUAUAAUUGUGUGAAGGGUUUAUGGAUAAAGCUGUACUUCUGUCACAUUGUGGCAGUACAUUCUGCUUUCAUAUUAAAUAGCUUGUUAUUUAAAUAUUGGAUCAAAAUGGCUGGCUUGAAAAUGUAGUCAUUAAUAAACUAAUUUUAUGUGCACCUGUGUAGGAGAAUCAAAGUCCUGUAUACUUUCUUUGCCUUGUUCCUGUUCUCAGGGUCACUACUGCUAUGUAGUUACCAAGAGAUGCAAUUCUAGAUCUUAAAAUCGAAUUAGUCCAGAUUUUUGAGAGGUGAUACUUGGAAGAGAGAUUAUGUCUUCUCUCACUCAGUACAUAACCAUCUUUGAUUACCAGCUAAGAUACAAAAUCACUGUACUGUAAAUAGUUAAUAAAUGAAAGCUUGGUUCAGGCAGAUUACCUAAGAGUAUUUAUUUUGGAGUGUGGAUAAACCAAAUAUAUUUUUAUUACAUCAAGUCCUGGUAUAUUAUUAUAAGGAGACAUGAUUGACUUUUAGUUGUGUUUGUCAUCCAGUAAGAACAUGACUUACCCGGUUUAACAGCUUCAGCGUUCCUACUUAGAUGGAAACAUGUUUUCAUAUAUGUGUUCUGAGCUGUGCAAACCGGUCUCUAGCUGUAUGAUCUGCUAGAAUGUGGUCUUUUCUCUCUCCCUUUAGCUGUAGGCAUCCAGUUUGCUAUGGAAAAAAUCUGUAGGGUUUUUUGGGAUUGGAGAUGGUGAGGAAUUAAUUCAUUUGCAAUUACUUUAUUUUGGAGCUAAUGAAUUUCAUUUGCAUAUCCCUGGGAAAAGAAAGAGCAAAAGCCUUAAAGUGUUGUGUGGUGGGUAAGCUGGAAAGGGUGUGUCUUCCUGCCACACUACUGGCUGAGUUCUCUUUAAAAAGGUGGCCAUUCUUGGGAAGUCUUAUGAAUUCAUAUACUUUUCCUAGCCUCCCUUUAGCAAGUUACUGCUCAUAAUUUAGGCUACUAAAUGAAUACUUGCUGAGAAGGCAGGUGUAAAAAAGCAUGUGUAAAAUCGCGUGAUAGAAUAAAAGUGAUCUUUUAUUUCUACCCAAUCAAAAGACAUAUUUCUCUUUCCCCAAAUUUGAUAAAACUGGGUUGUUUGUCAUCAAUUGCUAUUGAAAUAAGUAAUGACAGAGAUUUUCUCUUCUAUUUGUGUCUUUAUAUUCUCCUUUGUGGGAAAGCUAUCAAAAUUGCCAGAUUGGCUAUGGCCGGGUUACCCAUAUACUGCUUUAGUUAGCUACUUCUUAAGGAGCUGUAAGGGAGGACUCUGAUAAGGAACCUUAUCAAAGUGUAGGUUUUUGUGUAGAUCCCGAGGAAAUUGCUAGAUUGUGAUCUGAUCUGAGAUACUCACUGAUGCCAGAGAAGGAAGCAGAACCCAGAGUAUUUGUCCCUCUCUGCCUGGGUGAAGGCGGCCUAUGCCAGGUGGGAGGGAGACGGGGUGAGCUAUGGAGCGGAAGUCUGAAGCCUGGACACAUCUGCAGGGUGGGGAGGAAGCAGCAGGAGAAAGCACUUCCAUCUACAUGACAUUUGGAGGCAAGGGCCCUGCGUAUUAGUCAACAUGCCCUGUUGGCAUCUGCCCUGAACCAUCCCUCAGCAGAUUCUCAUUUGGGGAUUUUUCUUGGGUUACAUCCUAUUCAUUUUACAAUUUAAAAUAUUCUUUUGUUUUCACAGUUUCCCCUAAAUCAUGUGAAAGGGUUUAUAUUCAAUUGGUAGGACACAUUAUAGAGCAGAAUGGUAUUUCAGCAGUAGAGGCAGGCCUAAGUUCCAUUGCCUUUCAAAAAAAAUAGCCCUAAUGUGGUAGGAAUGGACUCUUCCCUCCGGAUUCUGCAGAUUAGAAGAUACUCUUUGAAGUUUGUACGAAGGGAAUAAAGCUGCUAUGAACAGUCGUGUAGGUUUUUGUGUGUACAUAAUAUUUCAACUCAUUUGGGUAAAUGCCAAGGAGUGGGGUUGCUGGCUCAUAUGGUAAGACUGUUUAGUUUUAAUAAGAAAUGCUAAACUAGCUUCCAAGGCGGCUGGCUGUACCAUUUUACAUCCCUACCAGCAAUGAGUGCCAGUUCCUGUAGCAACUCAUCCUUGUCAGCAUUUGGUGUUCUCAAUGUUUUGAAUUUGAGCUAUUGUAAUAAGUGUGUCGUAUCUUGUUUUAAUUUGUGAUUCCAUAGUUUCAUAAGAUGUUGAGAAUCUUUUAACAGAUUUGAAUCUGCAUAUUAUCUUUAGUGAAGUGUCUGUUCAGAUCUUUUGCCCAGUUUUUUAGUUGGGCGGUUUUCUUCAUUUUAGGAAGGGGAUAUAAGAGGGUUUUAUUUGGUGUUUAAACCUUGAUGAUAUGAAAAAUAAGAUAAUUUUUAAAUUUGUAUAUAUUUUAUUUUUUGAAGGAAAUAAUAUUCUAGAGAUAUGAAGGGGUGUACUUCCUCUGAUCCUGUACUUCAGCCACUUACUUUCCCGUAGGCAGCCCUGUCAUCACUUUCUAAUGUAAACUUCCAGUGAUAUUUACUGUAUAGAUAAGCAAAUAUAAUAAACAUUUUCAUUUCUUUUUAGCAUACUAUACAUACUAUUCUGAACCCUUUUCUCAUUUAAUAUAUCCUAAAGAUCAUUUGAUGUCAUUACACAAAAAUCUUUCCUCUUUUUUGAUUUUAAUAUUUUUAUUUUUCAUUAAUCUUAGAGGAAAGGAGAGAGAGAAAGAGAGAGAGAAAGAGAGAGAGAGAAGCACUGAUCAGUUGCCUCCUGCAUGAGAGAGAGAGAGAGAGAGAGAGAGAGAGAGAGAGAGAGAGAGAGAGACACUGAUCAGUUGCCUCCUGCAUGCGCCCCAACCAAGAAUCGAACAUGCCACCUGAUGUACGGGAUGAAACUCUUACCGUCAGGGCUUCCCUCAUUUUUUAAAAGUGAUUGUACACUAUAGAUGUAUGCAAUUGAACCUGUCCCUUACUAAUGAACAUAUACAUUGUUUCCAAUCUUCUGCUAUUAUAAUGCUGAAAUGAAUUACCUUGUAUACAUUUGUCAUUUUAUACAUACAUAAAUUUCUCUCUGUAGGAUAAAUGAUCAGAAUAUGUGCACUUGUAAUUUAUAUCAAAUUAAAUUUAUAUCUGUAUAUUUUUUCUUAGUUUGCACUAGCAGUGCAAGUGCCCAUUUCCCCAUAGCCUCACUGACACAGUGUAUUAGCAACUGUUCUUUGCCACUCUUAGAGGUUAAGCGUGUGUGUGUGUGUGUGUGUGUGUGUGUGUGUGUGUACACUUGGCAAUAGUAUUCUGUGAGGUAGCAUUUCACGUUUAGAGCUUUUGAAUUUCCUUUUCUGUUCUCUUACAAUCCCUAUGUAUUAAUCAUCUUCAUUAAUUUUAAAGCAAAUUCAAACCAUAUUAUCAUUUGUAUUUCAGUGUGCAUCUCUUUAAAUAGGACUUUAAAAAUAUCAUCAUUCCUAAAAAUACUAAUUGUUUUUAUCACUAAAAAUAUCUAUUUGAAAUGUCUUUUUUAAAAAAACCUUGAGUCAGGAUCUAAAUAGUCUACACAUUGCAGUUGGUUACUCUGCCUCUUUUUCCCCCUGUGACAUUUUUAAAUACAAAAUUUCAAUCAAACAAUAAAGUGACAUUUUUAAAUAUGAAAUUUCAAGCAUACAAUAAAGGCAACUAUAAGCAUGCCUAUACCUAUCACCUCGAAAAGGUACUAUUUUGCCAUACUUUAUCAUCUGUGCAUCCACUGGUCUAUUUUCUUUAUGUGUGUCAAAGUUGUAAAUAUAUUUGACUCUUAAGCUUUGGGGCAUAUAUGUUGUUAAGUUUUUACUUGUAAAAUUUACAGUGAAGUGAACAAAUGUUAAAUGUACCAUUAGAUGAGUUUUGAUGUACAACUUGUAACCCAAAUUCCCAGCAAGCUACGGAGCAUCAUCACAUUAGGAAGUUUCUUCACCCAGUUUCUGCACCUCUCCCAUCUCUUCUCCCUGUUAGGAUUUUCACCAUGGAUUACUUUAGCCAUUUUAGAGCUUCAUAUAAAUGGAAUCAUAUAGUAUGUGUUUGUGUGCAAAUUUCUCUUCAGCGUGUUUUGAGAUUCACCCCUAUGUUUCAGCUUGGUUUCUUUUCAUUUCCGAGUAGUAUUCUAUUGUAGGAACAUGCCACAGUUUAACUUUUCAUGUGUUAGAUGAACAACUGGUGGACAAUGGGCUGUUUCCCAUUUGGGCUAUAAUAAAUAAAGUUGCUCUGAACCUCU